AUGGCAGCUGUGUCCCAGGCUCUGCCGCCCAAGGUCGAGCAAUCGAGGGAGGACGAGACGCUUCUCCUGCUUGCGCGAUUAAUGGAGGGAGGUCGUGAGGACGAUGAAACCGUUCAGGAUCUCGACCAGCUCACCAAGCUCCUGAACGACGACACGCAGCUUGCUGUCGUCGAAAAGAAUGCCACGUCAAUCUGCUCGCUUCUUGACGCUGAAUGCGUCGACACAGUAUUCUCUUACCUCGACAUGAGGCAAGCAGAUGUCGUUCGCGGUCAUGCUGUCAUGACGGUCGCCGCCUAUCUCAAGGCCGCCGGCGACGAAGGAGGCGCCAAGCUAUCCACCUUUUUCUUCGACAAAGUACGCCGCGGUACCUACGACGAUUACAUUGCGGCUUUCUGCGUUGCCGCCGCUGCCUUUCCCAUCGCUCCGGAUUUGACCGCAUCCCUCUUCCUCAGCGAAGGCUUCCUCGGCACAUUGGGUCCCUUGAUGAGGCGCAAGUGGAAGAGCCGCAAGGUUGAGACGGCAUGCCUUGAGAUGCUGAACGCAGCCUGCAUGAACUCGCAGUGUCGCGACGCCGUUCAGAAGUACUGCACCGAGUGGCUCGAGGAGGUCGUCGACCAGGAUCCCAACGAGGUCGUCAAGGAGAUGCAACAGAACCCAGAGUAUCUGUCCCAGGAGGGCUCCGUCACCAUGCGCAGGCACUCUGAGGGCGUGCAGAACCUUGCCGCCGUCAUUCUAGCCAAACUGAGAGUAUGGUACCCCGAACGCUAUGUUUCCGCAUCGCCCUCGCAAGGCGAUUUAUCCAAAGAGAGGAUCACGCCGGCAAUCACUACCAUUGAAGAAUUGUCCUCCAGGUUUACGGGAAUGCUACUAAGCGACGACGAUUAUGGAACACAGCACUCGAUUGAAGGUUUGGCUUAUGCGUCGUUGCAGCCCAAGGUCAAGGAAGACUUGGUCCGCAACAAGGAUUUCCUGAAAAAGCUCAUUUCAACGCUGGCAGAAGCCCAGCCUAGGUCACCUCUGACAUAUGGCGCACUUAGCAUCCUCAUCAACCUGACGAGGUACCAACCCAAUCUCUCCGAGGAACAGAAGAAAAUGCACCAGCUCAAGGCAUACGCGAACGCCGCAGGCAAGAUCGAAACCGAGCCCCUGAACGACGAUACUCAUGUUGCGGCACGCUGCAAGCUGGUCUUCGACGCCGGUGUCGUCCCAGUUCUCGUAUCCCGCAGCAAGGUCGGCUCGCCGGCAUCUCUUGCGCUUAUGAUAGCCAUCAUCAAUUCGAUUUCUGUCACAGCACCGCUGCGAGGCCAGAUUGCCCAACAAGGCGCCGUCAAGCUCUUGUUGACUGCUUGGCUCGCUCUUCCUGAGACGGAAUCGGCGACUCGUCGCGUCGCAGCUCAUGCACUCGCUCGCAUCCUAAUCAGCACUGAUCCCAGUCUUGUAUUUGGUGGCAAUCGAUCCCACCCACAAAGCUCAGCAGUACGGCCGUUGCUUUCUAUCCUGGCUCCGGAUGCAGCCGCUGAGACUCGCGACCUUUUGCCGACAUUUGAGUCUCUCCUCGCUCUUACCAACCUCGCCUCCAACGAUGGCGAUUGUCGCCGCGCCAUUGUUCGUUCCGCGUGGUCGGAUAUCGAGGAGUUGUUGCUCUCGUCGAAAACCUUGAUUUCCAGAGCCGCGGUCGAACUUGUUUGCAAUCUUGUUCAGGGACCAGAGGGAGCGACGCAUUAUGUCGAUGGAAGCCCCCAGGCGAAGCAACGAAUGCACAUUCUGCUUGCACUGGCCGAUGCUGAAGACGAGAAAACGCGAGUUGCGGCCGGUGGCGCUCUGGCGCAGCUCACGGGUCAUGAGAAUGUCGUUCGCGCCAUUGUUGAACGCGAACGUGGAGUUGAAGUUGUGUUGGGCAUGGUCGCAGACGAAAGCGAGAAUGUGCGAUAUUGCGCCUGCCAUGUCGUCUAUCACAUGGCAGCGACGGAGGGACGAGUUGGCGUGCUGGCACGUGAAAAGAUCAAUGCAGCAAACGGCUUGGAGAUUUUGAAGGAGGCGGCAAAGAAGAGCCGACGAGCAGAUGUCGUUGAGAUUGCUGUGGAGGCCCUGAAAGUGCUUCUCGAGGACGGUCGCUCAUAG